AUGGUUAGGAAUAUUAUUGUGCUGGGAGGCUCAUCCCACCCACACCUUAAUAAGGCAAUAUGUGAGCAUCUGGGCAUUCCGCUGGCCAAUGUGCUGUUGUCGAAAUUCUCCGUCGGCGAGACUCGGGUGGAAAUCAACGAGUCUGUACGUGGAAAGGAUGUGUACAUUAUCCAGUCAGGUGGAGGCAAGGUCAACGACCACUUAAUGGAGCUCCUAGUGAUCAUUUCUGCUUGCAAAACUGCUUCCGCGAAAAGAGUCACCGCCGUUCUGCCUCUGUUCCCUUACUCCCGUCAGAGUGAUAUCCCUUACAACAAGAUUGGUGCUCCGCUUGUAAAGUCUUCCGUCCCCAAAUCUGACAUCGCUCCCAAUUACACAUUCGAGAGCACGCCGCCGACCCCACACGCUGGAAAAUCCGAAAGCAUUGGCCUGGUAAAUGGCAUCGACGGUUUACAAAAGGGCCUCACACAGAUUCAAAUUGAACAGCAUGACAUGUCUUCCAGCGGCAGUCCCCAGAAAGCCCGUUUUGGCCAUUAUGCUAACGGCCCGCAAAAAAACUGCGACACUACAGACUCCACCAAGUCAGAUACUAGCAAUCGAAACCGGAAUCCUAACGCUAUACCUCCUACUAACAGCAUUGCGAGCAACGAUGAUAUGGCGAGUGUGGCGUCGAAUUCGUCUAAAAUAAGCACUUUCCAACCACGUCCUGGAUAUCGACAAUGGGUUGCCCAAGCGGGCACCCUCGUGGCGGACCUUCUCACCUGUGCUGGUGCGGAUCACAUUAUCACUAUGGAUUUGCAUGACCCCCAAUACCAAGGGUUUUUUGAUAUCCCUGUUGAUAACCUCUACGGUCGACCAUUGUUGAAGAAAUAUAUCACGGAGAAUAUCCCAAAUUACAAGGCUAGCAUUAUUGUCAGUCCAGAUGCGGGAGGAGCUAAACGGGCCACUGCUAUAGCUGAUUCCCUUGGGAUGGAUUUUGCGCUGAUUCACAAGGAACGUCGCCCAACCAAAAUCACAGAUCGCCAGAACGCAACCAUGAUGCUAGUAGGUGAUGUCAAUGGCAGAACAGCUAUCCUAAUUGACGACCUUGCCGAUACCUCCAAUACUAUUACGCGAGCUGCGAAACUGCUAAAGAAGGAAGGGGCCUCACGGGUAUACGCCCUAGUUACACACGGAAUCCUCAGCGGAGAUGCUAUCGAGCGAAUCAACGCCAGCGCACUGGAUAAAGUGGUCGUCACAAACACUGUGGCUCAAGACGAACACCGAACCCGUUGCCCAAAACUGGAAGUCUUAGAGGUUGGUCAUGUUUUUGCUGAAGCUAUACGUCGUGUCCAUCACGGAGAAAGUAUCAGUGUUCUCUUCCAAUAUGAUUGA